AUGGCUUCUCCAGAGAAGAUCUCUGAUCCUACGGCGCAGACCGUUGAGCGCAUUGGCUCAAUCGACAAGAGCAAAGAUAACGAAAGACUAACCAUCUACCUUGUGUCGCAGGUCGUCGCGGUCAAGGAAGUCAGAGGCAGCGAGGCCUUCAACGAGGCUUUGAUCCAGGAAGAUGUGCCAAUGUUGCACCCGCGCACUCUGCAGCUGUUCGCCUGCCUGCUCAUUGGCUUCUUCUGCCAGACGAUGAACGGCUACGACACGAUGUUGUUCGGUGGACUGCUCAACAACAAGGAAUACUUCCUCAAGCACUUCCAUGGGGAGAACAAGGGUAUCUGGGCAGGUCUCAUCACCUCCAUGUACCAGAUCGGUGGUGUCUCUGCCUUGCCUUUUGUCGGGCCCUGCAUUGAUCAGUGGGGACGCCGCGUGGGCAUGUUUAUUGGCAGCAUCCUCAUCAUCGUCGGCACCGUUGUGCAGGGCUUGACUUCUGCCAAUGCCUCCGAGGGCCAGAUGAUGGGCGGUCGAUUCGUCCUGGGAUUUGGCGUCACCAUCGCCGCGGCAGCCGGCCCCAUCUGGAUUGUGGAAACGGCCCAUCCCAAGUAUCGUGGUAUCAUUACUGGUCUCUGCAACACCACCUGGCUCGCUGGCUCGAUCUUGUCCUCUGGGGCAACCCGAGGUGGUCUCAACAUCAAAGGCAACAACUCUUGGCUCAUCCCCAUCUGGCUGCAGAUGGUCUUCCCGGGCUUCAUUGCCAUUUUCGCCUUCUUCCUACCCGAGUCUCCCCGGUGGGUGUAUGCCAGCGGAAAGCGCCAGAAGGCCCAUGACAUCCUCACCAAGUGGCACGGCUAUGGCAAUCCCGAUUCCGCCUGGGUCAGACUCCAGCUCACUGAGUAUGAAGAGUAUCUCGAGUUGGACGGCUCCGACAAACGCUGGUGGGACUACCGUGCGCUCUUCAACAAGAAGUCGAGCCUCUACCGCACCGCGGUCGCUUGCUGGUUCUCUGCAUUCACACAAUGUGCGGUAACGGCCCUCUUUCGUACUUCAUGUCGGCCGUCCUCGACACGGCCGGCGUCAACACCUCGAUCGGCAAGGCCAACGUGCAGCUCGGCUACAGCGUCGAGCAGUUCUGCUUCGCCGUCUUCGGCGCGCAUUUCGUCGAGCGAUUCGGCCGCCGCAAGAUGA